AUGCCCCCCUCUAGCUUGGACGACCCUUUGGCGCGAGUAGCCGCGUUCGCCGUGGGCGUAGCCUCACAUCUCUCCCUAUUUCGCUUCGGAGAAUGGCACUUGUCCACCGUCAAGCUUGUUCUCUCUUUCACCGCAGUACAGGCUGCCACCAUCACGCUUCUACCAAGAGCUGAGCAACCACUUGGCACGAAUGGCUCGCACUUCGCCGCCGCUCGUGUUUCGGUGACGCUGGGAGCACUGUGGAUCGCAGGUGUCUUUGUUAGCAUGCUCAUCUAUCGCGGGUUCUUCCAUCGACUUUGCCGGUUUCCGGGACCUUUCAUGGCUCGCUUUUCGAAUUUCUACGUCACUGGCCUUAGUGCAAAGAGACUCCGUCUGUAUAAAGAGGUACAGCAGUUGCACAGGCAGUAUGGUGACAUAGUCCGUCUCGGCCCUCAAGAGCUGUCCAUCAAUAAUGCCGAGGUCUUUGCUGCUGUCUCUGCACCCAAUUCUCCGUGCACAAAAAGUGACUGGUACGACCUGAUGCGUCCGAUGGUGGCGCUGCAGCACGUUCGGAACCAUGCUGAACACGCCGCGCGCCGCAAGGUGUGGGAUCGCGGGUUCAGCGCGAAAGACUACGAGCCUCGCGUCACAAAUUACACCAGCCAGCUUCUUGGGAAAAUAGCCAGGUCCGAGGGCAAGCCCCUCAACGUCAGUGACUGGUUCAACUUUUACAGUUUUGACGUCAUGGGCGAUCUCGCCUGGGGCAAGUCCUUUGGCAUGCUCCGCGACGGCAUCAAGCACUACUUUAUGAAGUCGCUGCAUGCUGACAUGACCAGCGUUGGGAUUUUUACCCACCUGGUCUGGCUGUUCCCGAUCUUCAAGGCCACACCGAUUCUCAAUGCUACCCAUCUGGAGUUCUGGGGCUGGGUCAAUUCGCAGAUGAAGCCAGAAAAGGCCGACGUCUUCUCCUGGCUCCUGGAAGACUAUGAGAGCAAGCCGAGAACAAAGCAAGAGGAGAUCGACCUCACCGGCGAUGCUUAUCUGAUCGCCGUAGCUGGGAGUGACACCACGGCCGCAUCACUGACUUGCCUCUUCUUCCUCCUCGCCACCAACCCCAAAGUACUCAAAGCCCUGCAGAAGGAGAUCGACCACGCGUACGAGUCCACCGCCAACAGUACUCCGGACUCCCUGGCACUGGGCAAGCUGACUUACCUUAACGCGGUCAUCAACGAGACGAUCCGCCUACAUCCGCCGGUCCCCUCCGGGUUGGCGCGCGAGACGCCCGCAGAGGGGCUGACUGUUGGAGAUCUCUACAUUCCGGGUAACACUAUUGUCCAGGUUCCAUCGCAUACGAUAUUCCACAACGAGCGCUACUGGGGUAGACCCAACGACUUCAUUCCUGAGCGAUGGACGGACCAGCCCGAGUUGAUCAAGGAUGGCAGUGUGUAUGCGCCCUUUGGGUUUGGUCGCUACUCCUGUAUUGGCAAGCAGCUCGGCUUGAUGGAAAUCCGUUACGUGACCGCUGAGCUCGUGCGUAGGUAUGACGUCAAGCUCGCUCCGGGGCAGACAGCGGAUGGGUUCAUCGAGGGCAAGCGCGACACUUUCACUCUAGCGCUGGGUAAGCUCGAUCUUGUAUUCAACAAGAGAUCCGCCUAGGUCUUUUGUGAUUGUGGGGUGUAGUUAAAUCACACGGUAGGAUUCCGAC